AUGCCGCGCACUCACCCCGAAUACAGCCAUACAUACCGCCCGAACUCACACCCGUUUUCAACAGUACCGUCAAACUUCCCAUCAGGAUAUAGCCCAGCAUCCCAAUCAGUCUCGGUGGUGAUCCGGAACUCACCAGCCAGCGGACCAACAGCACAGAAUAGCGAAGAGACAUCCGGACGUACCAUACCGGACGUCUCACAGGCGGGCAUUCUCACCGAAGAUCUAUACUAUGCGCCCAUGCGGGUGGGAGGACAAAAAACAGGCGACGGGUCAGUGCUGAUGCCGACACCAACACGAGGCACAAAACGCUGUCACGAAACCGAAGACGAUUCCUCACGACAGCAUCGCCGCCUCACCACCAAAGAAGAAGUAGCUCUCUUCGACAUCUGUAACCAAAAUGCAGACACAUUCGGCAGCCGCAGCAACCUAUGUAAAUGGUGGCAGUCGGUAGCCACAGAGUUCCAGCGCACUCACCAAGGCCGCUCCUAUUCAUGGCAUUCGGUACGGCGAAAGGUCGAACUAGUCACCAGACAGCGAAUCAAAUUCCUCGAAGACCAGCGGACGCGCACGACGAACACCUCAAGCUCAACAGCCGAGGAAUUAAUGAACCCACAAUGGCUAGCUGCGCUCGAUGCCUGGAUCCCCACCUGGCAGCGAUGGGAAGAAGCCGAGAAUCGACGGAUCGCGAAGCGCGACGAGAUCAAGAAGCGACGACAGCCGCAGCCGUGGCGGGCUCCGAAACCUGAAGAAUGGAGAGACCUGCCAACGUCUUCUGUCACUAGCUCCGAUGUCUCGAUGCUGGGCAUUUUGCCCACUGCAAAUGACGACCCGGGCCCGGGCACUCCGUCACCCCCAGCUGCAAUCCCAGCUGCACCGUUCCUCGAAUCGCCCUCGACGCCAGCUUCGACUUCUACGCCGUUGAGACUACCACCGGGGUUCGAAAAUAUGUUCUCCAACCCUGUGCAGCCUCCGCCUUCCGCAUCACCCGCUCCACCCGGUGACGGCCGAAUGGUUUCGGCUGUGCUGGAAACGCUGGGCAAAUUGAAUAAGCAUCUGGGUGCUGCUUCUACGGGGAUUGAACCUGAUGCUGCAGCGCCUGUGAUCUCGGCUUUGGUGCAGGCUGCUUCUGAGGCGCCGGGUCAGAGUAGAGGAUCUCCGCGACCAGUGCGGGCGGAGUCGCAUUCACAUCCUACGUAUAGUGAGAUUGAGCGGAUGAAGGAAGAAUUGAGACAGGAGAUGCAGAGCCAGUUUCGACAGGAGCUGGAGAGGAGUCGAGCGGCUAUGGAGGAGAAGCUGGAAUCUGUGCAGCAGACUCAGGAGAUGAUUCUUGAGAUGUUGAGACAGGAGCCUGGGAGAUGA